AUGGUUGUAGUGGUGGGCUCUGGCAGCGGGGUCUGCAACCCUCUCUUGGGGAACUGGAAUUGGAAUGAAACUCAGUCGGUGGGACUGCAGAUGUCCAGCCUAUGCCUCAUGAAUGCAGCUGUGGCCUGGCUCCCCUCAAUCUAUCUGUGGGUCAUUAGCCCCUUCUACUUCCUCUACCUUCGCUACAACAACAAGGGCUACAUCCGGAUGUCAUACCUCUUCAAAACUAAAAUGGUGCUUGGCUUCACCUUGGUCCUCCUAUGUUUUUCUAACAUAAUCUUCACUCUUUGGAAAAUCAAAAAAGGCAUCCCUCAAGCCCCUGAAUUUCUGAUUAAUCCUACAGUGUGGCUCAUCACCAUGAUCCUGGCAAUUUUCCUGAUCCAUUUGGAGAGACGGAGGGGCAUCCAGUCAUCAGGAGUGCUAUUUAUUUACUGGCUGCUCUGCUCCUUCUCCAUGGCAGUCAUAGUGAGUGCCACGGUGCACCAAGCCCUGCAAGGAGGCUUCCCAGAAGACACCUUCCGCCACCUUGUAACCUAUUUUCAUUCAGCUUUGAUUGGUGCACAGUUUGUAUUAUCCUUCCUAGCUGACCAGCCUCCGUUCUUCUCAAAAAUUAUGCAUGACUCCAAUCCAUGUCCUGAAUCUGGAGCCUCAUUCCCUUCCAAAGCCACAUUCUGGUGGUUUUCUAGGCUAGUGUGGCAGGGAUACAGGAAGCCCUUGGAACUGAAUGACCUCUGGUCACUUGGGAAAGAAAAUUCAUCAGAGGAAAUCAUAUCCCGACUUGAAAGAGAAUGGAAGAGAAUUUGUAAUGAAACCCAACAGAUCAAAGAGGAGAUGGGAUUUGAAAGGGACGGAGGAAACAGAGCUGAACCAGCACUCCCUCCAGAGACUGAAGCUUUCCUGCAGGGGCACCAGAGCCCCAGAUUCCCUUUGCUGAAGGCGAUUUGGAAAGUGUUUAAUGGCACCUUCCUCCUUGGGACUCUCAGCUUAAUCGUCUGUGAUGUCUUCAGGUUUGCCGUCCCAAAGAUCCUGAGCUUUUUCCUAGAGUUCAUCAGUGAUCCUGAGGCUCCAACCUGGAAAGGCUAUUUCUAUGCAGUGCUUCUCUUUCUUUCUGCCUGCCUGCAAACCCUGUUUGAGCAGCGCCACAUGUAUGUGUGCAUGGUCCUGGAGAUAAGACUGCGGACAGCUGUGAUGGGUCUGGUGUACAGGAAGGUUUUGGCUCUCUCAAGUGCUGUGCGGAAAACUGCUGCAGUGGGAGAAAUCAUCAAUCUGGUGUCUGUGGAUGUACAACGGUUGAUGGAUGCUGUAUUGUAUCUGAAUGGUCUGUGGCUUCCAGUCAUCUGGAUGAUCAUCUGCUUCACAUUCCUUUGGCAGCUCUUAGGUCCAUCUGCUCUGACAGCCAUUGCAGUCUUCCUCGUCCUUCUCCCCUUGAAUUUCAUCAUCACCAAGAAAAGGAGUCGUUUUCAGGAGGAGCAGAUGCUGCACAAAGACCACCGAGCCCGGCUGAUAGAUUCCAUCCUCAGGAACAUGAAAAUCAUCAAGUUCCAUGGUUGGGAGGAAGCUUUUAUGGAGAAGAUCCUAACCAUUCGAAAAGGAGAACUUCAGGCCUUGAAGAAUUCUGGAUUUCUCUUCACAGUGUCUCUGGUGUCCUUCCACUUGUCCACAUUUCUGGUUGCCCUGGUCAUGUUUGCUGUGCAUGCCCUGACAGAUGAGAAGCACGUCCUGGAUGCUGAAAAAGCUUUUGUGGCUCUGACAAUCAUCAAUAUUCUCAAUAGGGCCCAGGCUUUCCUGCCAUUUUCCAUCAAUACCAUCUUUCAGGCCUGGGUUUCCUUGGCCCGCCUAGCUGCCUUCCUCCAUCUGGAAGAGGUAGAGCCCAGAGCAAUUAGCGCAACUCCUGUGGGAACUGAGGCAGACAAGGAAUGCAUCUCUGUACAAGAUGGCACCUUUGCAUGGUCCCAGGAAAAUUCUCCCUGCCUUCAAAGAAUAAAUUUGGUGGUGCCACGGGGUUCCUUCUUUGCUGUAACUGGUCCAGUGGGUUCAGGGAAGUCCUCAUUGCUAUCAGCAAUCCUGGGAGAGUUGACCAAGUUGGAGGGAAAUGUAAACAUUAAGGGCUCAGUGGCUUAUGUACCCCAAGAAGCCUGGAUCCAGAAUGCUUCAGUGGAAGAGAACGUGUGCUUUGGACAGGAGCUGAAUAUGCCAUGGUUAGACAGAGUUCUGGAAGCUUGUGCAUUGCAUCCAGACCUUGCAAGUUUUCCUGCUGGAAUCCACACAGAGAUAGGUGAACAGGGUAUCAACCUUUCUGGAGGCCAGAAGCAGAGACUGAGUCUGGCUCGUGCUGUGUACAAGAAAGCAGCCAUCUACCUGUUAGAUGACCCUCUUGCAGCCUUGGAUGUUCAUGUUGGCCAGCAUAUCUUUGACCAUGUCAUUGGGCCAGGAGGAUUGCUCCAUGGAACGACUCGUAUUCUUGUGACCCAUGCAGUCCACAUCCUUCCACAGGCAGAUUACAUCAUUAUGAUGGCGGAUGGAGCAGUGGUUGAGAGUGGCUCCUAUCAGGAGCUACUACAGAGGAAUGGCCCUUUUACACACUUCUUGGGCCAGUCAAAACAGGAAGAGGCCAAUGACAGCCAAGAAAUGAAACUUUCAGAAGUUAAGAGCUCCAGGAGCAUUUCUGAAAGUGAGGCAUCAGCAAACAAGACAGACAGCGUCAUCAAGGACUCCCAUGAAAAGGGAAGUACAACCCUACAGAGCCAGGCUGAGGGCACCAAGAUGGCAGGGCAGCUGACUGAAGGGGACAGAGUUCAAUAUGGCAGGGUAACAAUUGUUUCUUCUCCCCUUCCUAGUCCAUCGUUGCCCCAGACCCUAAGACCCCCUGAUGUAAGAAUGGAGGGCUAUAUCAGCGAUGACUCUGGCCAGGACUCUGACUUUGAGGCUGCCACCCAUAUGGGAGACAGAUGGUUGGUUGGUGGACUUGAGAAUCGUUAUCCCUUGCCCUGGAAUGUUUUGAGAAACUUAACUGAGGAGUUCUUUUUUCUUUUGCCUCCCCUUCUGUCUCCCUCUCUUCUUGUGUCUCCUUCCCCUUCUGUGCCCCUUCCUCCUAUGUCUGGCUUCCCUCUCUCUCAUGUGUUCCAGGUGAAUGCCACUCUGUACCUGGCCUACCUGAGGGCAGUGGGGACGCCCAUCUGCCUUUCCGUGGUGUUUUUAUUCCUCUGUCAGCAAGUGGUCUCAUCCUCUCGUGGUUACUGGCUCAGUCUUUGGGCAGAUGAUCCAGUUGUGAACGGGACCCAGCAACACACAGGACUUCGGGUUGGGGUCUUUGGGCUCCUAGGCUGUUUCCAAGCCAUCGGAAGGUUUGGCUCUAUUGCGGUUGUCUUGCUGGGAGGAGUUCGAGCAUCGAAAUGGCUGUUUCAAGGUCUCCUGCGUGAUGUGGCCCGGUCCCCGGUGACCUUCUUCGAGCAGACACCGAUAGGAAAUUUGCUCAAUCGCUUCUCUAAGGAGACAGAUGCCAUUGAUGCUGUGAUCCCAGACAAGUUCAAGUCCUUCUUAGGCUUCCUGUUUGGGCUUUUAGAGGUCAUCGUGGUGGUAGUGGUGGCUACUCCAUUAGCCGCUGUCGUGGUCCUGCCCCUCAUGGCUCUCUACAUUGGGUUGCAGAGCCUGUAUGUGGCCAGUUCGUGCCAGCUGAGGCGCUUGGAGUCAGCUAGCCGCUCACCCAUCUACUCCCACAUCUCAGAGACAUUCCAAGGGAAUGCUGUGAUCCGGGCCUUCCAGGCUCAGGACCAGUUCAUUGCACAAAAUGACUCACGAAUCGAUGAGCAUCAGAGAGCCAGCUUCCCCAGACUGGUCGCUGACAGGUGGCUGGCAACCAACAUGGAGCUCCUAGGAAACACUCUCAUCUUUGCUGCCGCUUUCUUCGCUGUGCUCAGCAAGCCCCACCUCAGUCCGGGGAUCGUGGGGUUUUCCAUUUCAGUGGCUCUACAGGUGACUGAGAUUUUGCACUGGGCAGUGCGCUCCUGGACAGACCUGGAGAAUAACAUUGUCUCUGUGGAGAGGAUGAGAGACUACACUAGGACCCCCAAGGAGGCUCCUUGGACCUUGUCCAGUAAGGGGGUCAGUCACACCUGGCCUAUCAUGGGGCAGAUUGAAUUUCGAGGCUAUAGCUUGAGGUAUAGACCAGAGUUGGCACUGGCUUUGCGGAAUGUGACUCUGAAAAUUCACCCACAGGAGAAGGUUGGCAUUGUUGGCCGGACAGGGUCAGGGAAAUCAUCUCUCACCAUUGGCCUCUUGAGGCUCAUCGAAGCUACAGAAGGAGGGAUCUGGAUUGAUGGGGUGAAUAUCAAUCAAGUUGGGCUCCAUGCACUGAGGUCCAAAAUAACUAUCAUCCCUCAGGACCCAAUCUUAUUUCCUGGCUCUGUGAGAAUGAACCUUGAUCUCUUGGAUGAACACUCUGAUGAUGAGAUUUGGGGGGCACUAGAGAUGGUUCAGCUUAAGACCUUCAUUUUAGGUCUCCCAGGGCAGCUACAAUAUGAGUGCUCAGACCAAGGAGACAACCUGAGUGUAGGCCAGAAGCAGCUGUUAUGUCUGGCCAGGGCCCUGCUCCGGAAAACCAAAAUCCUUUUCCUGGAUGAAGCCACAGCUGCUGUGGAUCCUCAGAAUGAUCUCCAGAUCCAGGCCAUCCUCAGAGACCGGUUUGCAGAUUGCACAGUGCUGACCAUCGCCCACCGCCUGCACACGGUGAUAGACUGCAACAGGAUUCUGGUCAUGGACAAUGGAGCAGUGGCAGAAUUUGGUAGCCCAGCCCAGUUGCUAGCUCAGAAGGGACUGUUCUACAGAUUGGCAGAAGAGUCGGGCCUCUCUGAUCAAGUUCUAGAGCGCUAGCCAUAAUCCAGGAUGGACUCGUGCUGGGCCUCAAUCUGAACGCCUCUGUCAAGCAGGACCAGACUCCUAAGGCGCGAUCUACAAGGGGAUGGAGAGAAGAGGGAUCGACGUCCUGGUGGAGCUUGGGCCCCGAUGGCCACUAAUCCAUAGUUUAGCACCCAGUAGAUUUUUGUGCCCCAGAGAUUCAAAUGGUUGGCUCCGGGGUUAUUAGAUCAUUUCAGCAGACUGUUCAUUCUUUGCACCCAAGUGCAAUAUUAGAGGACAACUGGAUAACAGGGCAUGAAGGACCAUUAGCCCUCACCUUCCCAGAGUCAAUACAGCACCCAUCCACUCUCCCUGACUUAAUUUCCUACAACCCACUGCCUUCCCACAUGGGUGUUAUGAAUAAAGUGCCUGCAGGAUGCCGAUU